CUGUCCCCCUAGGUGGAUCUCUUCUAGUUUCUGUUCCAUUUGUUUUAUAGCAGCAGAAGCGAAAACGAGGAAAAGAAGAUCUCCCUAAAUGGAAUGAGUGAGGAAUAGAAGAGAAAAAACAAGGAAAUGACUCAGUGCAGUGACCCUGAAAACAAUCAUAACAUCAUAGUAGAGGGACGAAAGGACAGCACAAUAAGAACUUGUCCUACAUGUGGUCAUCAUAUCAAAUGCCAAGAACAGGGUGGUGGAAUUCAUGACUUACCUGGGCUUCCUGCUGGAGUGAAGUUUGAUCCCACAGAUCAAGAGAUUCUUGAACAUUUGGAAGCCAAGGUUCGCUCUGAUAUUCAUAAGCUUCACCCGCUAAUUGAUGAGUUUAUCCCUACUCUUGAAGGAGAGAAUGGAAUCUGCUAUACUCAUCCAGAGAAGUUGCCAGGGGUUAGCAAAGAUGGCCAGAUCCGCCAUUUCUUUCAUCGGCCUUCAAAGGCAUAUACAACAGGAACAAGGAAAAGGAGAAAGGUGCACUCAGAUGAGGAUGGUAGUGAAACACGUUGGCACAAAACAGGUAAAACUAGGCCAGUGUAUAACAGUGCAAAGUUGAAAGGGUACAAGAAAAUUCUUGUACUUUACACUAACUAUGGAAAGCAAAGAAAGCCAGAGAAAACAAAUUGGGUCAUGCACCAGUACCACCUUGGCGAUGAUGAAGAGGAGAAGGAAGGGGAGCUAGUAGUCUCCAAAGUUUUCUAUCAAACACAACCUAGACAAUGUGGUUCAUUGAUGAAAGACUCAUCAGUUCCUGAAAAACUUAUGAAGGGUCAAAGUAUGCAUGAGGUAAUCAAUAACAAAAACAAUGGUUUUGUUGAGUACUACCAUUCAAAUUUCAUAUCAUUUGAUCAAGGGAGCCAGCAUAGAUCUAACAGUGCUCAAGUAAUUUCCCAUUUUCCUGUCCAUGAUGGUGCUCCUUUCAUUCCUUGAAAGAAGUGGUGGAAAAGAAGAUGAAAGAUCAUGAG